CCAGCAGCAGAAAGACCGUGAGAGAGAAGAGAGAAACACCGACUACAUAUACGCAUCUGGAUUAUAUCUCCUGUUUUUUCAUGGCUUCACAUUUCGGCAGCAAAAUGUUUUCAAUGUUUCCAAAAACGUUGCUGUUGGUUUUGUUGUGUGCGUGUGCUGCGUCUGCAGGCAAAAACGGAAGUAUGUAUGGGAGGACCUUUUCCCUUUUUCACUAUCCGGCCACAGAUGAGCUACUACCGCCUGAAUAUACAGAUGAAUAUGGAGAACAACAAGACACAAAUUCUACACAAGUUCAGGCUCAUAAUGGAACUCAUAAUGUAUCACACAUCAGGCAGGUUAUAUCGGAGGAGGCACUGCAGUUUCUCAAAAGCCCUGUGUCCACUGUCCUCAUACCGUCCUUCUACACGCUGGUCUGCCUCAUCAGCGUGCCAAUUAACAUCUGUGCGGUGAUAGCUUUCGCUCGAAGGAUCCGUCCAAAAAAACCAGCAGCAAUCUACAUGCUGAACUUGGCCUGCGCUGACCUAAUCUUUGCCCUGCUGCUCCCCUUCAAGAUCUCCUACCACUUCGGCGGCAACAACUGGAUUUUCGGCCCACUUAUGUGCCGUGUGGUCACUGCAGCUUUUUACUGGAACAUGUAUUGCUCUGUUCUGCUCAUAACUGUCAUCAGUGUGGAUCGUCUUCUUGCUGUAGUCUACCCCAUUGACUCCCUGGCUUGGAGGAGGCCCCGGACUUCAAUCAUAGCCUGUGUCACCAUGUGGAUAUUAUCCUUGGCUGGCUCAGUGCCCCUGGUGGUCUCCGAACAGACUGUUCACCUAACUCAGCUGGAUAUCACCACCUGCCACGACAUCCAGAAAGCUGAUCAACUAAUCUGGCACUACAAGAUCUACUUCAUCAUUCUCUGCUGCUUCCUCUUCUUCCUGCCUCUGCUCAUCACAGUAGGGUCCUACACUCGGGUGAUCUGGUCACUGAGCAGGGUCCCACGCGGGGUUCCUGGACGCUCACGCAGACGCACGAGAGCAGUGGUGAUGGCCUUCACGGUGCUAGUGAUCUUUGUGUUGUGCUUCAUGCCCACAAACUGCCUGCUGCUGGCACACUACCUGCAAUUCAACGAGGGAAUGAAAAACCCCCAACAGGCCCCUGAUGGUUCCUACUCGAUCUAUCUGGUUUUCCUGUGUUUGGGGAGUUUGAACUGCCUUCUGGAUCCGCUGGUCUACUACUUCGGAUCAUCCCAAUGCCAGAAACAACUGUCCAAAGCACUGAGGUGUCAGAAGAUUACAGAGGUCAACAGCAGCAGUCAUUCAUCUUCUGGUUCAUACAGAUCCAGUGCCAGAACGAUUCUGAAGUCCAGCCACAAAGAAAGUUCAAAGACAAACUCAUCAACCACCAAAAUGGACUCUUUCCAAGCAAAUCUCAACAGUCAAUACAAGAAACUACUGGUCUGAUAGACUGUUACACUGGAUCAAAGUGAUGCAACUGACUUAACUGAAACCAUAGAAGUAUCUUUAUCAUGAAGUUCAAGUAACAGCAAGUAAUGAGCACAAAGCCUGUAGUGUCUAGCCUUUCAAUUUCAGAAGUCUUGCUUACAAACACUGAAGUGACACACAUGCUCAUUUGAAUGAAUAAUGAAGUUAAAAACAAUGUAGGGAAGGAAGUGUUAGAUUAGAUAAGAAGAACUCUGCUGAACGUUUGAUACUAUGAAAUGCUAUUAUGUUUGCACUGUAUAUGUAAGAGCUUAAGUUUAUAAGCUGCAAGUUAAUACAAGGACUUGCGAUUAUUCCUAUAUUUUGUAUUUUCAUGAUUUUGUGUACAUAAAUAUGUAUGUAUAUUUACUGAAAAGUAUAUGUUAAUGCACUUUUUCACCUGUUUAAUGCAGUUAUGUUUCACCUCUGAAAAGUGUUUUUGUCAUUUUUUGUUAUUUUGUUUUUUUAUAUAUAUAUAUAAACCACUUU